AUGCCGUCAACUAAUACAAGUCUUGACAAGCAAUACAUUGACCCUGAAAAACAAGAACAAUCACCAGAACUCCUUCAUUAUACAGAUCAAUCAUCAGAUUCAGAAUCAAAUCCAGAUGCUUAUUUAUUAAAAGAAAUUGAACAUGAAAAAGAUUCUCAAAUUAAAUAUAGAUCAUGUUCAUGGCAAAAAACUGCUGGGUUAUUAUUCUCUGAAUAUAUUUGUUUAGCCAUUAUGUCAUUCCCAUGGUCAUAUUCUAUAUUGGGACUUGUACCCGGGUUAAUUAUUACAGUUUUCAUUUCUUUAACUGUUGCUUAUACAGGUUGUAUUAUUGGUGAUUAUUGUUCAAGAUAUCCCCAUAUUCAAUCAAUUUGUGAUAUUGGUCAACAUUUAUUUUGGGGUAAAAAAUGGGCAUGGUAUGCAACAGCUGCAUGUUUUAUCUUGAAUAAUACUUUAAUUCAAGCAUUACAUGUUUUGAUUGGUGCAAAAUAUUUAAACACAGUAUCACAUCAUGGUGCUUGUACUGUGGUAUUUGCAGUUGUUUCAGCAAUAAUUUGUUGUAUUUUUUCAUUACCAAGAACUUUUUCUCAUAUGUCAUUUGUUGGUAUAUUUGCAGCUGCUACUAUGUUUGUUGCAGUUAUAUUAUCUAUUGUAUUUGCUGCAAUUCAAGAUCAUCCUGAAGGUUUCGAUGGUACUCCUGUUCAUUGGAAUUUAUGGCCUGAAAAGGGUACAACUUAUGUUAGUGGUAUGUCUGCAAUGUUGAAUAUUGUUUAUACAUUUGUUGGACAAAUUUGUUAUCCUUCAUUUAUUUCAGAAAUGAAGAAUCCAAAAGAUUUCAAAAAGGCAAUUUAUGUUGUUACGAUUUGUGAAGUUUUGGUAUUUGCAUUAGCUGGUUCUAUUGUUUAUGUUUAUGCAGGUAAUCAUUAUAUGGUUGCACCUGCAUUUGGUGUUUUAACUGGGAAAUAUAAAAUUGCAGCAUUUACAUUUGCAAUCCCAACAAUUGUUUUCUUAGGUUCACUUUAUUCAAAUGUUUCAUCUCAAUUUAUCUUUUUAAAAGUUUUCCAAAAUUCAAAACAUAAAUCUCAACAUACAGUUAAAGGAUGGGGAUUUUGGAUUGCAUUAAAUGUUUUCUUUUGGAUUGUGGCAUUCAUUAUUGCAGAAGUUAUUCCAUUUUUUUCAGAUUUAUUAUCAUUAAUGUCUUCACUUUUUGAUUGUUGGUUUGGUUUUGUAUUUUGGGGUGUUGCUUUUAUAAGAUUAAGACAAGAUAAAUAUAAAGGUCAAUUCAGUAAUACAAGAGAAUUUUGGAAUGUUUUGAAAACUGGUGAAAAAAUUGAAUAUAUAAUUUGUAUUAUAUUGAUUUUAAUGGGGAUUUAUAUCUUGGGUCCAGGUACUUAUGCAUCUGUUGAUAGUAUUGUUUUAAGUUAUCAAAGUGGUGCUUAUGGGAGUGUUUUCACUUGUGCAAGUAAUGGAUUGUGA